AUGUUUGGACAUUUCAAGUAUUCACCGGUGCACGUGACUAGCCCGAUAAUAGAUACUGCGCCCUCCCUCAGCCAUCCUUCUCUACCAUAUGUGUGCUCGCAAGCACUUAUAUCUUUCUCUCUCUCUCUGUUCCCCUCUUUCUGUCAACUACUAUAUACAUGAACAAACACAACCCUCCUCUUCCCCCCCCCCCCCCCAUCACAUAUAUAAUCCCGUCACUCAGUUCAACUAGUCCAAAUUACAUCUUACGCAAACCUCCUUUUUUCUUCUUC